UCUCGAUUUGACUCGCAUGGACCUGACUGGAAGGUAUGGCCACACGUACCGUCCGCAGACUACCUGUGCUGACCCUAUUUUGGAUUACGUCCGUUCGUUUGUACUUUUAUGAUGACCGAUGGACCUGUUAGGUUUUAAAAGAUAAGCACCACCUCUGUCCCUCCACAUUCUGUGUUAAUGAUCCUUACCUGAGUUCUGGAUGGCAGCCAGUCGCUACCUACUUCCUGACGACUUCUCGUGGUACAAGUUACAAUCGCUGUCUAUCGGAAAUAAGGCGACUUUCUUCGUGGAAGGAAAUGUAUCCCUACGCGUGGUAACGCCUCGGACUUAAAUUGAACAAUUUACUCUAUCGAUUGCACAUCCUAGGUAGGGUUGAGCCUGUAAAGUAACGAAGUAAUACCGAUGGGCUUUCCUGCCUCACGACCGAAAAAGUGCAGUCCGGACACGAAUUGCGCUGGACCCACAAGACAGGUGCUUUUAGAGACCUUAAACCUUACCGAGGACGGUCAAUUCCAUCUCACGUUUCAACAACUCAUCUGACGGCGAAGAGAGGAACGGAAUUGCGGGACGGACUAAUAGUCCUUGACUAAAGCUAUGCAAGACCACUGACCUGUACUUCAAAAUACGUCCACGCUACGUUUAAGUAGGAGGUGCCGGGAAGAUGGUCAAAGAGGAGCAGGCACUAGAGAAUGUGAUGAAAGGCAUACUGUUCUGUAUUUAACCAAUACACCGCACCGGUCAAACGUAGCUCUUGACCAUUUGAUAGAAGAUUGUUUCAUCAUCCUGACGUCAUAAAAUUGAGAGGACCGUUAGGUUUGUGCCUACAAGACCAGCUUGACGUAGCUUUGAAGACCGAAUGUAAGCAUGCGAGAAAUGGACUGUGCACAAAGCAGAUUGGCUGGAAAUGAUUCAUUUCAUUCUACAACACACCGUGAAUGAGUGCAAAAAGUAAUAUUCCUUCAAUCAUCUUCGACAACGAUAGUUUCACAAGUCCAGCAAAGCAUUCGUAGCACUGACGGAGUAGCAAGAGAGCGUGCUCUUUCGUUCAUGUUUCCUGGCAUGGCCGAGUCUAGUUGGGUACAAUUUCUGAGAUGGGCCAUCUUCACGUGGAUCGUAGUAUGGACUGAGACGGUGGCGGGGCGGGAUAGACUGGUGGCCCGUAUGGAGGGAGACCUCAUCAUCGGUGCGCUGUUCUCCAUCCACGAGAAGCCGAGGGGACCGGCGGGGAUCUCCGCCCGGGAGUGUGGGGACAUCAGGGAACAGUAUGGUAUACAGAGAGUGGAGGCCAUGUUUCAGACCCUGGACAGAAUCAACAGCGACCCGACCAUCCUGCCAAACAUCACCCUUGGUUGUGAGAUACGGGACUCCUGUUGGCACGACACGGUAGCUCUGGAGCAGACCAUAGAGUUCGUCAGGCACACCAUAUCCACCCAGACACAACACUCAAGCGCACAGAAGUGUCCAGAUGGCACCGUGCUGUCGUCUCCAGUCUAUGAACAACCAAUCGUGGGGCUGAUAGGACCGGGGUCCAGCUCUGUAACUAUACAGGUUCAGAACCUUCUCCAGCUCUUUAACAUCCCGCAGAUUGCCUACUCGGCCACCAGUAAGGACCUCAGUGACAAGGCCCGCUACAAGUACUUCCUACGGGUCAUUCCACCGGACACACUUCAGGCCCAGGCCAUGGCCGACAUCGUCAUGCACUACAACUGGACUUAUGUGUCAACCCUGCACACAACAGGAAACUAUGGUCAGAGCGGAGCAGACGUCUUCAAGGCACUUGUGAAGAAAGAAGGAGUUUGCAUUGCCACAUCUGACCAGGUGGAGUACGACGCCGAUAACGACAGAUACGACAACGUUGUGCGGAACCUCCAGUCCACUCCGUCCGCACACGUGGUGGUGUGUUUCUGUCAGGGCAACACCGUGCGGGGCCUGCUGGCCGCCAUGGAGAGACUCAACACUACGGGGCAGUUUCUGCUACUCGGGAGUGACGGAUGGGCUGACAGGAAAGAACUGACAGCUGUCAAUCCCAGGGAAGCCGCGGGGAGUAUCACCAUUAAACCAUGGUCGCCUCAGGUGGAGUCGUUUGACGAGUACUACCAGAACCUGAACCCUUGGAACAACGCCAGGAACCCCUGGUUCCAGGAGUUCUGGCAAUGGAAGUUCGACUGCCGCAUUGUCGGGCAUGCUAUGGAGAAAACAUUCGGCGAUAUCUGCACAGGAAACGAAAGUCUUCAUAACUACGUCCAGGACACCAAGUUGGGUUUCGUCAUCAACGCCAUCGAGGCCAUGGCGCACGGGCUGCACGACAUGCAGACAUCGCUGUGCGGGGACUAUGUGGGGCUCUGUCCGCAGAUGCGCAACGUUAACGGUACACUCCUGCUGGAUCAUAUCCUCAGCACCACCUUCUUGGGAGUCAACAAUGGGACAGUCAUGUUCGACAAGAACGGAGAUCCUCCUGGCAGGUACGACAUAAUGAACUUCCAGCACUUUGGGGCUGGUGACUUCGGCUAUGUGAAGAUCGGCAGCUGGAAGUAUGGGCAGCUCUCCGUGGACGACGACAUCUUUAGAUCCAAUUUCAACAUGUCCAGAAUCAUGCGGUCAGUCUGCAGCGAAGAGUGCGAACCACUGGAAGUGAAGAGGGUUAAAGGUCACGACACCUGUUGCUGGGUCUGCACCACGUGUAAAGAUGACGAGUUCAGAGAGGAUGAGCAAACGUGUACACCCUGUGAGGAGGGCUGGUGGCCCCGGGACGACAAGACAGGUUGCUUUAAGAUUCCUGUGGAGUACACCAAGUGGACCGACGUGCAGACGAUAGUGGCAGUGGUUUUCUCGUGUGUCGGUAUCAUGGCGACCACCUUUGUAACGACGGUGUUCGUCAGACAUCGCGACACGCCGGUGGUCAAGUCCUCCAGCCGAGAGCUGUGCUACAUCAUCCUCAUCGGACUCUACAGCAGCUAUCUCAGCGCGUUCCCCCUUCUUGCUAAACCAGACCAAGUCACAUGUUACCUGCAGAGAAUAUGCGUUGGGCUGUCUUUCUCCAUGUGCUACUCAGCGUUAGUAACCAAGACCAACCGAAUCGCCAGAAUACUGGCAGGCAGCAAGAAGAAAAUCAUCACCAGAAAACCUCGCUUCAUGAGCGCCACUGCGCAGGUCAUGAUCUCAUUUGCUCUCAUCUUCCUGGAAGGCAUCAGCAUAGCUAUUACAGUUGUCCUCUACCCUCCCUCCGCGGAGGCGUACUCACCCAAACCCGGGCAGCUUCGGCUCAUCUGCAGCGUCAACACCUUCACCAUGAUCGUCCCUCUCAGCUUGGACAUGGUCCUCAUCAUCAUGUGUACUUAUUACGCCUUCAAGACUAGGAACAUUCCUGAGAACUUUAACGAAGCCAAGUUUAUAGGGUUCACUAUGUACACCACGUGUAUCAUCUGGCUGGCCUUCGUGCCUUUGUACGUCAGUAGUGAUUUUAAGACCAUCACCACCUGCAUCGCUACCAGCCUCAGCGCUUCGGCUACUUUGGGCUGUAUGUUCCUGCCUAAGGUCUACAUCAUCCUGAUGAAACCAGAGCGAAACCAGCGAAGUAAUUUCACCACAUCGAACGAAGUCCGAUGUCAUGUACUGGACAGCCAACCAUCAUCACUUCAAGGAGAUAAAAACAAUAUAACAUCAAAAGCCUUGUCGGCAGAGAAGGGUGAAGGAGCGCGGAAAUUUGCCGCUGUGGGGCGUGCCGUCAUGCUGGGGCAGUCGAACCGGUCCAGGAAACGACAGGAGACAAUACGAAGGGUCCAGGUUCUCCGAGAGCUGAGAAAAGCGGAAGAGGAAAACAAAAUACGAUUUGGCUCAAGGCUGGACCCGAUGACUGCAGACAACCCAUUCUAUAACCAGCGUGCGUCCAUCUGCGAAGCCUCCUUCACCGUGCCGCCGGGGUUCCCCUCACAAGACUUCGACAAGAAGAGAGCAUCCAUUUGUGGAGAGAGUAUAGCGGUGGGGCACUGGAAGAAGGCGCUGGACAAACUGGAGAAAAAGAAGACUGAGACGAACGGGGGAAUCCCGAUCAUUUGUAUCACCCCUGAUGAAGACGAUGGAACUUCAAAAGGUGAAACCUUCGAAAGUGAUCUGUCUCUUCUUGUCAGUGACAUCAGUACUCAAGACAUCCAAAUCCACAGCAUGGAGAGUCUUCCCGAGGAGAAAGACAUCAACAGCUACGACUGCCUUUCAACUGAAAAGCCUCAAGACAGUAACCACACUUCAGAACGGGUAAAUAUCAACCAACAGGAAGUCGAACAUCAGACUAUAACGAACAAGAAACCUGAAACCUCAAGGCAUGCUCACAAGAAAACACCCAAGUCCCACUCCUUGCCAGACAUUUUCCCAUUCAACCAAAAGCGCCUGUCCAUUGGUUCAGACACAAAGGGGAACCUAAAGACUUUUCUAUCGACCAACAUGCUAUCGUCGCUGUCCCGAGAAUCCAGUCCCAGAUCCGUUGCAGACGGCUCGCCUAUCGACCGUUUUCUAAGGGGCCAGGAGGUGAGAGAUGCUGAGCUGACACCUCUUCAGGAGGAUUCACACGAGUCGUCCCAUCCAUAUAACAGAAUGGGUAAGAAAUCCAAGCGGUACGGAAGUGAAGACGCCCUGCCUAUCUUGCGCAGUCGAUGCAGGAGCAUCGGGGAAAAGUUCAAACCAGGAAGGCCAAGGGAGCAGAGAUCGAAGAGCGACGGCACAGGACCGUACCAGAGCGAACGUUCACCGCUAUUGAGUCAAUCUAUUGCGCUAUCUUUAAGAUCAAUAGGACGAAACGAUUGUGCGCCGUCGGAAGGGUUGCAAUCAUCUGAAGACAACAGAAUACGUCCGUUGGAUGUUAAGGGUUUAUGUCAUGGAACUGGAGUAGCAGAGGACCAAGUUUAACAUGAAGGAUAUAAAUGAUCAUGACCUGGUGUCUUUGACACGGGAGAUUGUUGGGACCAAUUAAGAAAGCAAAGGGCCGUGGAAGGUGAGAGGUAAAGAAUUGCUGUUAUCACUUCAUAAAAAAGUAGGCGUGUCGAUGGGAACCAAAAAUCCAUAGCGCCUAUUGUUUGCUAUAUUGGGACAUACCAUUUCCAAGGUUUGAACAAUGACAUACAUCUGACACAUUUUCAAAAUUGCUGACACAUAUUGCAGACCAAUCUAUAUUUAGAUAUUGGCACUCCAUUCAAAAUAACAAUGAUAAUUGAUAAUAAUCAAAAGUGAGAAGAGUAUCGUAAGUCAUAGGGUAGUUUUAUUAUGUCCUUUAUAUCAUACGUAAUUGAUUCUGUAUGUGAAAAACUCUUUUAAUGUCGUAUCUGUUUUUCAGAGGGAAAUGUGUAACAAGACAUUAACUAAAGGAACGUUGUUACUUCAUAGAAUCCUAUAUAGAAAUAAGUCGUUUUGUAAUGGUAUUUUGUGUAUGGUAAAGAGGAUGCUUCAGAAAUUUCUGUCUGGGCAACCGGUUUGUAUUAUACUCCAUGUAAAGUUAAACGUUUACAACACUGUUGAUGUACAAAUUUUAGAGAUGUUCUAAAAUAGUUUUGUCGAAGACCGACGUAACAAUGACGUUGUUACUCUCCUGUUCAAGAUUCUUAUUGUGUCUUAGUUAAGACGUGUCCUGGUAAUUGUUACAGGUAUACCUGAAGUCAUAAACUGAUAAGCAAGUGUAUGCAAUACCUCAUUCAACAUCAUUGGUACAUGGUUAUUGAUGCUUGGUCAACUUACGUUUACAUCCUGAUACUAUAUAUCGUGUAUCAAAACGUUUUUCAAUGAUUCUGGUAGAGGCCUCUAAGAUGAAAUGAUCUAAUCUGGUCAAUUACAUCUAACGUGAAGGUGAAAACAUCAAGUACACAUUACUUCAAAGAUAUUCUAUGCUUUUACACUUAUGAUUACAGUCACGACAGCCUUAUGUAUCUUCUUCUAACAAAUGAAAUUUACAUUGUACUCGGUGGUCACAGUUGCAUAUCUUUGCUCAUCAGUGAAUGACAGAAAACACGUGUUGUGCGUAGUUCCGGACGAUUUUAAUGGUCUGUAAAGUAAUACCGACGACAGCUGAGGUAGUCUUUUGUGGACUAGAGGUUCCUGUAUGUGGUACUUGUACGCACUUAGACGUGGUUCUUUGCACCAAAAAAACUGCACUGCCUGUCUACUCUCUCUACAUGCGAACAACAACUGUAACGUUAGAUCGAAAAGAGAAAUUUGGAGAACAGCUAACUGCUAGGUACUCCUGUGUAAGGGCUACAUUAUUGUUGCUUUUGCUGAAGAUAUGUCUGAAGAUCAGUGACAAGUUAGAUGUUGGACGUCCUCGGUGUACGUAUGGGUUUGUGGUCAGAUAACAAAUGCAAGUUGGUCACAGUAAAAGAAGAAAUAAAGGUGAAGUAGAAACGUGAUGCCGUAGCCCUGUCAUCUGAUUGUAACCACUGGCAGUGCAGGUUUUGGUCACGUGCCAAACAAAUAGAGUAAACUUAUUUUUGUGUCGAA